AUGCACCUAUCUCUCGGUUUCCUUGCGGUCUUCCUGGCAUUUCUGUCGGCUGGUCAUGGUCUGCAGUCAUCUCAUAUAUCGCCCGACACACCACUGUCAUCUUUGAUUGCUUCUGCAAAAACACACCUUGCAGGAGGCUCCCCCCGUGAGGCUUUGCUGUAUUUCGAUGCAGCUGUGACCAGAGAUCCAGCAAAUUAUCUGACGAUUUUCCAAAGGGGUGCAGCAUAUCUGUCCCUGGGCAGGAGCUCGCUGGCUUUGGAAGACUUCGACCGGGUUCUGCAUCUGAAGCCGGAUUUUGAAAGCGCUCUUCUUCAGCGGGCACGCCUUAGGGCCAACUCUGCUGAUUGGGCGGGUGCAUUGGACGAUCUUGAUAAAGCUGGUAAGAAGUCAGCUCCGGAGUAUCAAGAACUCCAGGCAUCGCGUGACGCUGCGUCGGCCGCGCUUGAAGCGGAAACCCGUGGAGCUUGGGAUGUCUGCGUCAGUCAAGCAAAUGCGGCUCUAUCCAAAGCACCCAUGUCUUUAAGCCUCCGGCGGACUCGAGCACAUUGUCGCUUUGAGACGGGCGAAUUGGAGCAGGGGAUCAGCGAUCUUCUUCACGUUCUGCAGAUAUCUCCAAGCUCGUUAGAGCCAUAUUUGCAGAUAUCCUCGACCCUUUUUUAUGCGUUGGGGGACAGUGAUCGAGGUAUCUCACAAAUUCGCAAAUGUCUACACUCCGAUCCCGACUCAAAACCAUGCAACCGCCUCUAUCGAAGGGAGAAACAACUUGUAAAACAGUUACAGAAAUUGAAAGACGUUAUGGACUCACGGAAGUACAACAAUGCUAUCAAUAUGCUGGUAGGCGCUGGUGGCGAAAGCGGCCUCCUUGAUGAUGUGCAGAGAGAUGUCGAGCAGGCAAAAGAAGCUGGUCACAUUCAUCCAGCUGCCCCCAGCAGCCUUUAUACUUCACUGAUCGAGCAGACCUGCGAAGCUUUCCGUGAGGCACAAAUGACCAAACGGGCUUCUUCUUAUUGCUCCCAAGCUUUAGAUUUGGAUCCGCAUUCCCUCGCAGGGCUUCUCUUCAAGAGUCAAAUUGCUAUUGACGAAGACCGAUUUGAUGAUGCUAUAAUUCUGCUCAACCAAGCCAAAGAACACCAUUCCAGUUCUAAGGAAGUUCAGGCACUUCUGCAAAAGGCCCAUGUUCUACAGAAACGCUCCAAGCAGAAAGACUACUAUAAAGUCCUGGGUGUCAGCCGUGAUGCGGACGAUAAGACGAUUAAGCGUGCUUACCGACAGCUUACGAAACAGCAUCACCCUGAUAAGGCUAUUUCCCAGGGUGUCACCAAGGAGGAGGCUGAAAAGAAGAUGGCCUCUAUCAAUGAAGCUUACGAGGUACUGUCAGACGCUGAACUGCGCACUCGGUACGACAGCGGUGAUGACCCCAACGAUCCCGAGUCACAAAGGGGCAGGCCGUUCCAAGGAAGCCCUUUUGGGCAGGGUGGUGGUCAGCAAUUCUUCUUCCAGCAAGGCGGCCCACAGUUCAAGUUCUCGGGGCAGGGGUUCAACUUCCCCGGUGGUUUCCCUUUCCGCUGA